CUUGCUAACACAGUCAGUCAGACUGCAGCAAGCUCAGCUCUAUCCCAGCCUUUGCCUGGGAGAAAAGUGCACUCUCUAGUAGAGAGUCGCUGAUCCUUUUGGCUUCUUGGGUUUGUUUGGGUUUCCCCCACACACACACCUUUAGUUGCUGUUGUUACUUAAUUAUAUCCCUAAUCCUGGAUGCAGUUGCUGGAUUCUUCAGUACAAGUCUUCAUGAACAAGCUGCACCGCUUAGAGAUUUCACGGCAUUCAAAGGUCACAGAACUGCCACUAUGGUUAAAUGUCUUGUUUAAUGGUUGAGAGGUGUGGAGAAAUCUCAUUUGAUAGUCCUGAUCAGAAUGCCAAAUGUGUUUGCAUGCUAGGAGAUGCACGGGUGAGAGGUCAGACAGGGGUUCUCUCUGAACGCCGUGGUUCCUACCCGUUCAUAGACUUCCGUCUUCUCAACAAUACAACACACUCAGGGGAAAUUGGCACCAAGAAAAAGGUGAAAAGACUGUUAAGCUUUCAGAGAUAUUUCCAUGCAUCCAGGCUGUUGCGUGGAAUUGUACCACAAGCCUCUCUGUACUUACUGGAUGAAGACUACCUUGGACAAGCAAGGCACAUGCUAUCCAAAGUGGGAAUGUGGGAUUUUGACAUUUUCUUGUUUGACCGUUUGACAAAUGGAAAUAGCCUGGUAACAUUGCUGUGCCACCUCUUCAAUGUGCAUGGGCUUAUUCACCAUUUCCAGUUAGACAUGGUUACAUUACAUAGGUUUUUAGUUAUGGUUCAAGAAGAUUAUCACAGCCAAAACCCAUACCACAACGCUGUCCACGCUGCUGACGUCACUCAAGCUAUGCACUGCUACCUAAAGGAGCCCAAGCUUGCCAACUUCCUCACCCCUCUGGACAUUAUGCUUGGACUGCUAGCUGCUGCAGCGCACGAUGUAGACCAUCCAGGGGUCAACCAACCAUUUUUGAUCAAAACCAACCACCACCUUGCCAGCUUAUACCAGAAUGUCUCUGUGUUAGAAAAUCAUCACUGGAGAUCAACAAUAGGCAUGCUUCGAGAAUCAAGGCUCCUUGCCCAUCUACCAAAGGAAAUGACCCAGGAUAUCGAACAGCAGCUGGGUUCCCUCAUCUUGGCAACAGACAUCAAUAGACAGAAUGAGUUUUUGAGCCGGUUGAAAGCUCACCUCGAAAAUAAGGAUCUGAGAUUGGAGGAUGCACCAGACAGACAUUUUAUGCUGCAGAUCGCGCUGAAGUGUGCUGACAUUUGCAAUCCUUGCCGGCUCUGGCAGAUGAGCAAGCAGUGGAGUGAAAGGGUCUGUGAGGAAUUCUACCGGCAAGGUGAUCUGGAACAAAAAUUUGAAUUGGAAAUAAGCCCUCUUUGUAAUCAGCAGAAGGACUCCAUACCUAGUAUACAAAUUGGUUUCAUGACCUACAUCGUAGAGCCGCUCUUUGAGGAAUGGGCCAGGUUUACAGGAGACACUCCCCUAUCCGAAAAUAUGCUAAGCCAUCUCAGGAGGAACAAGGCCAAGUGGAGGAGUUUGCUCCACAAGCAACACAGCAGUAGCCGGAGCAAUGACCACUCAGGUCAAGUGACUGAAAAUGAAGAGCAGACUUUAAAUGAAGGCGACAUCCCAUAGUGCCAGUUUUGACUCUUCCUUAUAGUACUGCUGCAUCGUCUUUGUUAGUCACAACAGUAAGCCAAAUCGUCAGGAACUGCGAGGCCGUCAUCAACAAUGUGGAAAGGGAAGAAAAAGGGAAGCAGAAGUUAUAAGGGUCCUCAUGAAUAAACCCUCCCUACUUCUGAGUUUCAAAUCUGAGCUCCUUUGAAUUCACUCCCUCCUCUUCCUUAUCCUUCUACAUAUAUCUGAAGCCAUUCAUCACUUCUGAUCAUUAACUGCUUGAAUAAGGAACUCCGUUCAGUAGUGAUGAAGCUGGGCCAGUAAGUGGCUACCAACUAACGGGGAGGAUUAGAGAGAAAGCAUGGGAGACGCCAACAUAUUUCAUUCACCCUGGCUCAUAUUGUGAUAGGUGGCUGUAUAUAGGCCCAGAGCGCCAUACAGUUUUAAGUCUGGCAGCUGGACUGCGCAUUAAACCACCAGCAUCUUUAGAACUCAGAGGACAUUGGCUGAGUGAAAGUGCACAGAGGAGAGAAUCUCAUUAUUUUAAUAAUUAAAAUAAUUAAAAAACCUUUUUAACUUUUGUAUUCUGUGCACUAGACAACAGAUCAAGAAACCUUGGACUGAGGUAACUCUAUGUACAUACAACUCAAGUGAGACAAGGCUCAUUUGGUUAAUCAUUUUUAUGCCACUUUAGAUAAGAGACGGAUAUCUUCUCACUGUAGGGAACAGCAGUCCCUAGCAAAUGAAAGGGAAGGUGUUGUACAGUCUAAACCUUUGCAACAUUAUCAGAUCUAUCUUUUUGAUGACUGUUUCAAUGACAUGUUUAUAUCCAUGUGUACAUUUUCUGUAAAUACAAAGCGCUACUGAUUCCCAUGCCAAAAUACUGAAGUAUUAUGGGAUUGCUACCUGUAUAAACAAUGGCACUGUGAACAGAAUACUGUUAGUUUUAAUACAAGAGAAAGCAUUUGUAAAUAUGGUAAAGAGUUUAUUAAUACACUAUUGUUUGCAGAUAAAGGCCUUAACUUUUAGCAUCCUUCACUGCUAGCUGUUCAAAUCAUAGCAUCUGAAAUAUCUUUUCAUUUUCAGCCUUCCAGCAGAGGUCAUAAAAGAAUGAAAUCUGUCAGGGCAUUUUCUGGAAACUUCACAUGCAUUCCAUAUGAAUUCAUAUUGUUUAAUCCAGGGCAUAGUGCACACUCAGUCUAAUCAGCUGCUUCACAAAGCCUGAAGAUAUUUUUUUUUAAACCACAGCAAUAUUACACAAUCUAUUUUACAGUUCAAGCUGGUAAACAUAUAAUCAUGAGUUUUAAUUUUUAUUAAGUAGCAGAGUAGUCUACAAUGCCAGACACACCCAAGUGAGGGUUGGAUGCUGGUUUUGAUCCUGGCAUCCUGGCAGUUCUAGAUUCCAUUUGCUUUCUCAAAUGAUGCAGAACUGUAAUGUCACUUUUUAUUUAUUUAUUUUUUAGUCUUUAGCUAAGUUUUUAGGUAUUUUCCCCCAUCUUAAUAAAAAUACUUUACCCAGAUUUUAUCAUUUUUAAAUCUCAGUUAAUGAGUGAAAAUACGUUGUAGCCAAUCUAGUAAGUUCCUGCUUAACUAUUACUGGAAGUAGUUAUGUGGGAGCUUCCCCUUCUCGCUUCCAAUAUUUUGAAAGAUAUGCAUUGUAGCCUACCCCAUAAACAUCCUCUGUUGAGACAUUCAUUGGAACCUGUUCCUUAAGUUCCUCCAGUCAGAUGAGACUUCGACCUGGGGCACUAACUCGUGUUAG